GAACAGCCUCUUCUUGUCUCAACUCUGACUUCUUCCCCUUCCUCCCUCCUCUCUUGUUUCUUCUCUCCCCCACCUGUCACCGAGCAGUCCAGUCAGUCAAGCAACUCGUCUGUGCCUUGAGCCUCAAUUGUUCGCUCAACCAGACCGGACAAUCGACGUUGCUCUGUCAGAGGCUCUUUCGAAUGGCGGUCUUUUGAUCAACGACUCCGACGACGAUACCGUGACGAGAGCUUGCUCUCCGGGUGCUUUACCUGCCCUCCUAAUUCGGCGAUUUCAUAUUCUCGCCUUCUCAUUCUACACGCUGGUCACCUCGUGUGCCGCCUGGAACAUAUACAGCCGGGUAGCCCUUCUCGCUCCCUCGAAUCCAACUGCACCACUUUACAUUUGAUACCUCUUCUUCCUCUUCCUUCAGGAACGAAUAAUUUCCGACGAAAUGGCGCCUUCGCUGCACGCACACUCGUCCUUCACCCGCCCACGGACCGGCGACCGCGAUGGCCGACCUACCACCCGUGAUCAGGGCGACAACAAUCUGAUCAUCCCGAGCCGCACCUCUUCUCUCCACUCGCGCAUCACCCAGCCGAUUCCCUCGACCCUGAACGCGAAGCCCCAGCAGCGGACCCCCAAGACACUUACUCACGCCUACAUGGUUUGCGGUGUCGGCAGAGAACCUUCCCAAUGGGUCAAGGCUCCUGCCCCCGCCCAAGGCAAGAUUGGUCACAUGAAGGGUGCUGUUGGUCAAUUCUGGCUGCCCGAGAUCCUCGGAAGCAGUCCCAGGCUGGAGCAGGAUAACGAGAUCGCGAGGUCCUUACACGCUGCCAUGCGGGCUUGCUUCCCCCACGAUGUUGAGAUCUGCACCGGCCGCAGCCAGCCUCACUGUGUCCACCAUGCUUUCGUCUUGCAGCAGGACUCGUCUCACACCUUGUACGGUAUCUGUCUGCGUGUGUGGUCGCGAGCCGACGAGAAGAGGGCAGAGACGAUUCGCGAUCUGCGCAAGAGAACCGAGCCCGACUACUACGAAAACCCUGACGAGACGUACUGGAUCCCGUACUGCCUGUCGUUUCUUUCUCGGUACCCGCUGUACAACCUUCUGGGAGACUACUUGCGAGGCAUGUGGAUCCACUGGAACAAGGCGACCAACUUGUUUCACGCCGAGGAGGUCUCGCGCAUCCUCAGCUUCCCGGCCCCGAGACUCAACGACCUUGUCAGGAUUGAUAUGAAGGACUACGCUCUUUGCUACCAGUUCCCCUCAUCGCCCACUGGCUUCCAGAACUUUGCCAUGUGGCCCUUGUUCUGCUGUCUGUCCAUCCCCAACAUUGUUGGUGUUAUCGAGGCCGCCAUCUCGCCCACCCGCCGCAUCAUCUUCGUUAGUCACUACCCGGCCAUGCUCACCAUGGCUGCAGAGACUGUUCGAUAUUGCGUUCGCGUUUACGAAUGGAGUGGUCUCUAUGUGCCUGUUGUGCAUGCUCGUCAUGCCAAGGAUUUGGUUCAGGAGCCGGGCCCUUACAUUCUAGGCAUCACCGCCGAGUGCCGCUCUCUCUUCACUGCGCCGACCGACGCCUUGGUAGUUGAUCUCGACCGCAACUUUGUGCUCACCUCUAGCCCUCCGACCGCGCUGAAUCCUAGCCAGCGCAACAAGUUUGUCACCCGUCUCACCCAGUCUCUCAAUGGCGAUGUCACUCCUUCCGGCGUCCCCCCCCAUCUUCGGUCUGCGUAUGGCGGUGGCAAGCUUGUCCCCGCCGGCCAGAUCAUCGUGAUGCGUGGUGAGGUUGAGUCCAUUCAGGACCCUGAGUGGUGGAGUCAGGAUUCCGUUAUGGCUGUCAUGGACCACGUCUGCGAGAAGAUGGGUCGCAACACUGGCAUUAAGGCUGUCUUUGGCGGCUCCGUCAAGAAGCCUUUGAUGACAAAGGUCUCGAUGAGGCACCUCAACGAAAUUGUCCGCGAGAGGAAUCAGUACUCUCGCGAUGCCCUCGAGGCCUGGCAGGAUUUCAUCAACCUGAAGGGUCGCAUGGACACCGAGCUCAACAAGGUCACUAAGCGCAACAAUUAUCUCAACGAGGAGCUCGAGAGCUGGAAACAGCAGUUUCUCAAGUUCCAGGCGUUCGCCGAACAGCUCACCAAGGAAACCCAGGAUCUUAAGGCCAAGAUCGAGACGCACAAGAGGGAGAACAGGCGUCUCGCAAGUCUCAUCGACCAGCAAAAAGAUGACAACGGACGUCUCAACGUUCGUCUUGGUGCUACCGAGAAGCAGCGCGACGAUGCACUCGAGGCCCUCGUCCUCCAACAGGAGAUUGCCGAGGAGCUUGAACGCGAACGUAAGCGCAACAAGAAGGAGCUUGCUGCUCUUCAGCACACCAACGUCACCAUUCUCAGACAACGUGACGAGGCUCGCCGUGUCGUGCUGCAUCUUCGCAGCUUAAUAGGCGGACAGAGUCACCACAUGGAGCACCUGGUCCAGUCUUUGACCAAGCCUGACGACUUGGAGCGUGAGAUUGAGGAGGGCUUCGAGCCAGAGGUCGGUGAGGACGGCGUCUCCCCCAGGGACGCUGAUGCCAACCAGGCCCGUCUCCUCUCAGCUGCCGCCCAGGCAAACAAGAGACUCUCUGCUUCAAGUUUCAAGGACGUGGCAGACCGCCACCUCAAGGACAAGACGGAUGCCAUCGCCCACAUUAUUCGCAACAUUGCUGAGCAAUGCCAGGCUGCUGUUGAGGGCCUGCAGCUGGCUCAGGAUGCCGACUUUGAUGAACGCGCCGCCAGCGCCGCCAGACUUCGCGCUCAGCGCCGUCGCAGCAACUUGUCCGCUACCCACAGCGACGAUGGUCACGAGACGCAGUCAAAUGCGACGUCCGACAUGGGCGACGACAGCCUCCUCCACCCCGCCUCUGGUCGGAUAUCCAGCAUCCCCCCUACCCCGGACCUGGUCCCAAACCGAAGCAGCACGGCCAUGUCAUUCGCUUCCAGCGCCGCGACCCCUGAGCGGUCAAGUCAGCAGUACAUGAUCCACCAGGACAUCCCCACCAAGAUCGUCGAGGACGACGAGGAUUUCGACGAGGACCGCAGCGAGUCCGAGACGAUGCCUCAGCAAUCUGUUGGCAAACACACCGACAGCCUCAUUCACCGCCCAUCCGGCGCCCGCAUUAGUGCCCUGGGUGGCACCCGCUAAACGGUCACCCUAGGGCGGUCAUGCCAUGAUCUGUCAGGAGGAGUAACGAACGACCAGGGAGAGACCUUCCCUUGAAGUCGACGGGGAGGACGAUUUACCGACACUGUGCAUACAUCUUUUUGCCUUAUACCUUUUCCUAUGCGACAGGCGGUCGUCAACAAAAUUUCUGUUGUAUAUGGCGUUAGCUAUCUUGCCCGGUAUUUUUUUCUUUGUCUUUUUCUUCUUCUCCAGGAGACAACCGUCCAAUCUGUCCUUUCGUACUGGGAUAAUUAAACAGUGCUUGCCGGAGGAUGGGCUGUAUGUUCUCACGAUGUUACAUCAUUUGUAUCUUAUGAGGGUGCAAAGCUUUUGCUAGGCUCAUUUCAUGUUCCUCCUUGCCCAAUAUCCAAAUCUAGCGAAAAUUUAAAGACGCUACCGUACCCAUGUUUGCUGAGAUGAAAGCAUAGGUGAAGGGUCUCAUGUUGCCUACAGCAGAACCGUCCA